AUGACGGCCCUCGCCACUGCACCCGUGAUGAAUGGCAGUCAUGACUCGGGUACCGACACGGGGACAGAGCACAGCCCAUCCCGCUUCACCGCAGUCAAUGGCAGAGACACCAUGGUACCUGGGAAUGGGCCAACUCCAAAUUCUGUCUCUAAUGGAGAACAUGUACUGCAAGAAAAGAGCAACCCAAAUACGAGUCAGCAACAUGACCGAGACCAUCGUGCCAAUGAACAAGAAAACCGGUUACGGAGAUCUUCUCCGAGCUCACACAACCAGGGCAAGAGAAAGAGAUCCGAAUCACGAGAACGCGGCUCAUCCAAUCCGGAAGGCAAGAACGCCUCCAGGAGCCCUGUGAACCGCUCUACGGAGAUCAACCAGUCGAACCCGGUUGGCAGUGUGCCAGGUUCAGUCUCGGAGUUUGAGCGUGGUCAUCAUUCUGUAACACCGUCUCGUCGGUCCGAGGGCAAUGAUGCGGGCCAGACAUCUGCCAAUAGUCCUUGGUCAGAGUAUGAUUCUCAGCUGAUUACCCAGGCACAACGGGCUCAGCAGAUCGAUGCAUCGGAUGCCCAUCUUGCAGACGCUCUUCAACGUGAGGCAGGCCACGAAAGGUCCUCGGGUGCGAAUCGCUCGACGCCUGGUGCACAGCCUGUAGCUUCCCCCAGCUAUGCACCGGAACGACAUGUGGCGGGACAGGUGGCGCCAAAGCGAAAGCGGGUAUUUAGUAAUCGAACAAAGACAGGCUGUAUGACCUGCCGUAGGAGGAAGAAAAAGUGCGACGAGCAACACCCGGCAUGCAAUAAUUGUCUGCGUGGUGGUUUCAUAUGUGAAGGGUACUCCUCCCGAAGCACCUGGCAAAAACCAUCGACUUCAAAAGCCCCGGUCCCUUUGCAAUCCAAAGAAGGCUAUUCGGAUGUCAAUGGCUCGUACAUGCAAGAAACGUCCCGGCACCAAGACCGCCAACCAAGCCUUGCAGAACAUGUCGACACAACCAAAUUGAGGCCCCUGGUGGUGGAGGAUAAUGACCGCCCUGCUCAACCAUAUAACACCAGCCCAACGAAUCCACCAUCCAAUCGUGCAUGGUCAAAGCAAGCUUGGCCAGGUGGCGGGCCCGGUCCCAGUGCCGGUCAUCCCUCCUAUCAAUCAGAGCCCACGGCUAAGGUAGUUGACUACCGGGAAGUUCCACCUAUCCAUGCAUGUGAGCUAUCCCGCGAGGGACGUCCCAAACCUGACUACCCGGCCAUCUCAACCCUCCGAGACCUUGGCCACGCAUCGCAUCCGAGAUCCAGCAUGUCCCUCUUUCAAAGUGGACCUGAGCAACGCACAUUGCACACCGCCGCUGUGGAUACUCAUAGUCCGCAGGCGCAGGCUCGAAUGGCGCUUAGCAUUGAGAACCAGCUCUCUGGUCGGGCUGACGAGACGGAGAAAGAGAAGAUGCUCAGAGGCAAACCCUACCGACCGUUCGAUGUCCACCUCGUCGAGGAGAGAGACCGUUGCCGCGGCGCACUAUGGAAAUUCAACAAUGCCUGCAAUCCACUUACGGGCAUCAGUUCGAAAGAACAAACCCGCCUCUUGAAGGAGGUCAUAGUCCCGCCGGCAAGUUCUAUUGUCAACUCGCCGGCUGGCACCGGUGGGGCUCGCUCGGCCGGUUCCAUUGGCCAGGGGGUGGUCGUUGAGGCGCCGUUUACCUGCCACUAUGGCUACAACCUCCAUCUUGGAGAAGAUGUCAUGAUCUCCGAGAAUUGCCUGUUUGUGGAUGACUGUGUCAUCCGCAUCGGCGCUCAUACGUGGAUAGGGCCCAGUGUCAAAAUCAUCAGUUCGACCGCUGUGCCCAACAUGCAAGAGCGCAAGGGCUCGCAAAGUCAGUAUCAAGGCCAACAGGUCACCAUCGAAGAAGAUUGCUACGUGGGUGCGGGAUGCACCAUCUAUCCAGGCGUUUGUCUGCAUCGAGGCGUUUAUGUGGCACCGGGAGAGAUUGUCAAAACGGACAUCCCAGCUUACGGCUUUCAGGGUACCAAGCCCAAGCCCUCAGUUUGA